AUGAAUCAAUAUAAUGAUUUAUGGUACUCAAAUACUAUUUCACCUGCAUCUGAAGCUCAAAUUGUUAUUGGCGCUUUUUUCUCUCUACAUAAUCCUCCUGUAUCGCACGGAGGUGGCCGAUUACGAGAAUGUGGUGAUAUUCGUGAAGAUUAUGGUAUACAUCGUGUUGAAGGUACUUUUUGGAUUCUUGAUCAAAUUAAUGCAAAUCAAUCUAUAUUACCAAAUGUAACUGUUGGUUAUCAAAUUCGUGAUUCAUGUUGGUAUGCACCUGUUGCACUUGAACAAACAAUUGAAUUUAUUGGUAAUUCUGUUUUAACUACUGGUGAUUUAACAUUCAAUGCAAAUGGUGGUCGAUCACGAUUAGCUGCUAUUAUUGGACCGGGUGACAGUUCAAUAACAAUGCAAACACAUAAUAUUUUACAAUUAUUUGAAAUGCCACAAAUUGGAUAUUCAGCUACAGCUAAACAAUUAAGUAAUAAAGAAAAAUUUAAAUAUUUUACAAGAGUUAUUGCAUCGGAUACACAACAAGCACAAGCUAUUGUUAGUAUAAUUCGACAAUUUAAAUGGAAUUAUGUUGCUACAAUUGGUACUGAAGGUGAUUAUGGUCGUGGUGGAGUUGAAGCUAUUCGUCGAUUACUUCGUAAUGAUGCAUGUGUUGGAGCUGAUCUUACUAUGCCAAUUGGUGCAAAUGUAUCAGUCGCCACUCAACUAAUUCAACAACUUGUUAUUCGAGCACCACGUGUUCAAGUUCUUAUAUGUUUUUGUCUUGAUCAUUCUAUUCGAGCUAUAUUACAAGCAAUUAAUGAAUUAAAUUAUACUCAACGAUUUGUUAUUCUUGGAAGUGAUGCAUGGGCUGAUCGUCUUAAUGUAAUACCAAAUAAUACAGAAACUGUAGCAUUAGGUGCUAUAACAAUCAAAGCACGUUCAUUACGUGUGCCUGGUUUUGAACAAUAUUUUCGUCAAUUACAUGUCCAUAAUAAUACACGAAAUGUAUGGUUUCGUGAAUAUUGGCAACAUAAAUUUGAUUGUUCACUAAGUAAUUAUACUGAGACUAAUCAAAGAAAGAAAUACACUCAACAAUGUCAACCAGAACGUGAAAGUCUGCGGAAAGUACCUUAUAAUGAAGAUCCUAAACUUGCAUUUGUUAUUAAUUCUAUUUUGGCUGUUGUACAUGGUUUAGAUAAAAUGCAUAAACAAAUUUGUAAUGGUACAAGUGGUUUAUGUGCUGAAAUGGCACGUAUGAAUAGAUCGUUAUUAAUGCAUUUCUUACAAAGUAGUCGGUUUACUGGUAUAACAGGUGAAGAAGUAUUUUUUGAUGAGAAUGGUGAUGGUCCUGGAAGAUAUGAUAUAUUAAAUUUACAAGAUAAUAAAAAUGAUACUGAACAUCCACUUCAUUAUGUUCAAAUUGGAACAUGGAAUACAGGAAAAUUAAGUUUAAAUACAUCAUCUAUACGUUUUUUUGCCGAUCAACGUUCAUUGAAUCAAAUAAAUAUUCGUCAAUUUUGUAGUGAAGCUUGUCCAAUUGGUCAUAUUAAAAAAUAUACCGAUGAAGAACGAUGUUGUUGGAAAUGUCAUCCUUGUGUUAAUGCUAUUGUACUGGAUGAAGCAACAUGUUUCACUUGUCCAACCGGAUUUGCACCUAAUGAAGAUCAAACAGCCUGUGGAUUAUUACCAAUAACAACAAUAAAUUUUCGUCAUCCAUUAUCAAUAAUAAUUUGUUUUGUUGCUGGUAUUGGUAUAUUAAUAAGUUUUUUUGUUGUCUAUAUAUUUAUACGUUUUAAUGGUACACCCGUUGUUAAAUCAACAACACGUGAAUUAAGUUAUUUAAUUUUAAUGGGAAUUUUAUUUUGUCAUUUAACAGCAUUUAUUAUUUUACAAAAACCAUCUUUUAUUAUAUGUGUUCUAACACGUUUAUUACCAGGUAUAUCAUUUUCUAUGAUAUAUGGUUCAUUGGUUACCAAAACAAAUCGAAUAGCAAGAAUUUUAGCAAGAAGUAAAAAGAAAAUUAUUACAAAACGAUUAAAAUUUAUGAGUGCAAGACAUCAACUUGCCAUUGCUUGUCUGAUACUUGUUACCGAAAUUACAAUUGUUGCUAUUACUGUUUACAAAGAUCCACCAAAAGCAGUAUUAAUCGAAACUGGUGGACGUUUAUUAUUAACAUGUAAAAAGUCACUUCAAGGUAUCGUCGCUCCACUUGGUUUCGACGGUCUACUUGUUUUUCUAUGUACACUUUAUGCAAUUAAAACAAGAAAUUUACCUGAAAAUUUCAACGAAGCAAAAUUUAUUGGUUUUUCAAUGUAUACCACAUGUGUUAUAUGGUUAGCAUUUGCUGCUGUUUAUGUCGCAAUUGAUGUUAAAGUAUUUUCAUUAUGUGUGGCAACAAAUGCAAGUGCAUAUGUUGUACUUAUAUUUUUAUUCUUUCCAAAACUUUAUUUAAUUAUAUUUAAACCUGAAAAAAAUCAACGAAGUGCAUUUGCAACAAAUACAGAAAUUCGUUGUCAUUUUGGUUCAUCAAUAGCUAAACCUGAACUACCAUCUGAUCGUUAUAGUGAAGCGACAUCUGUAUUUCGUCGUUCUGUUUUACAUCGUAUUCGUUUUGGUAAUACAUUACGUUUAGAUAAUGAAUAUGCUAAUUCAACAGGAUCAUCAUUGCGUACAAAUGAUUUACCUAGUAGUAAUCGUCGUCCAUCAAAUACUUUAGCAGCUUAUCCACAUCAAUGGAUGUAUCAUGAUCGACGUUUAUCAGGUUCACCACAAAGAACACCACCUCACGAUUCACUACCAUAUACUAAACGGAAGUCAAGCCCAAAAAUAUUAGAUAAUAGACCUACAAUAUUAGAUAUGAGUUUAGGCGAUGUAUCAACAAAUUCUUUGACACAUUUAAAUGAUAAAAUUAAUCUCGAAAGUAAAGAGAAAUUAACUGAUAUUUCAGAACAUUCAUCUGAUUGUAUCUAUGCCACAAAUCAAUUGAUUAAUAAUGAUUUGUUAACAAAAGAAUGUACAAAUAUUAAUCAAUUGAAUUCAAAUCAUGCAUCAAUAUCAUCUCUAAAAAUAUUUGGUAUUGAAAGUGAUUCAUUAAGUACAUGGACAAAUGAUGAUAUACAGAUAAAUUCAAUACCAUUGACAACCAAAACAAAUUCGGAACCGAUUUGUUCAUGUCAAUUAUUAUGGCAAUUAGAACGAGAUACAGAUAGUAUUGAUAGAUUUAAAUUAUUUUUUAAACGAGAUGAUCUAAAUGUUGAUUGGGAUUAUGUACAAGGUUCAAGUGAAGUUUAA